ACCCAACCCAAGCCAAGCCAAGCAUCACAUCCCCCCGCCCACAACAAAACCCCACACACAUAAUAAAACACAAACACAAUAAUGUCCUCCAAGAUAACGUCCAAGAAUCUACACUACGACAGCACGUUGCCGCCCUUCCUAGCGCGUCUGCGCGCCUCGCACGCUUCGCGUGAUGGACGCCAUGAGAUGCCGGCCGCGAGGCCGAAGCGCGCGCGCGACGCCGACGACGACGCGGAAGAUGAGCCUGUGUAUGUGGAUGAGGAGACGGGCGAGACGGUGACGAGGAGCGAGUUUGAGGAGCGGGAGAGGGAAAUGGAGAGGGGAGAGGGAGGGGGAGAGAGAGAGGCAGAGGGGGAGGAGGGGAGGGUAAAGGAGGAUGAGGGGAUUAAGGAGGGGAGAGAUAAGGCUGGUGUGGUCGGGAUCAAGAGGCGGAAGGCGAGGAGGAUUGUUGGGGAAGAGGAGGAGGAAGAGAAGGAAGGUGGUGCAGGGGAUGAGGAGAAGAAGCAGAAGGGGGAGCCGGAGGUGAGGAAGUUGGAAAAGGGGAAGGUGGCGAAGAAGGGGAAGAAGAUCAAGUUGAGCUUUGGGGAUGAUGAAUGAUUCUCUCUUCGUCUUCUUCUCCUUCUUCUUAACUACCCCUCUCUGGGAGUGAGGAACGGAAAAAGGUAUUUGGCAUUGGGAUUGAGAUUGGGAUUGCAUAUGGCAUUGGAAUUCGGAGUGGCAUAUGGCAUGGGCUGGCUUGCUUCUAUGAUACCCCUACUGCGUCAAAUC